AAAUAAGUUGAUUGAAAGAUAUGCAGUUAACUAGCCAAUUCAUUUUAAUUUUCUGAAAAUAAACAAGAGAUCAGUAGUUUGUCAAUUGUCACUAAGAGGUACGGACGCGAGGAAGAGGGAGAGAGUGGCAAAGCAGUGAAGACUUUUUGUCUCCACGAAGACGAAGACUUUUGGUUUUUUGACGCCUGGUGAUUUGGUAGUGGAGAAAUGGAAAGAAAAUGGACCCACAUGCAAAAAACGAAAAAGAAAAGAGAGAAAGUGUUACAGUUGUUGAUGCCCCUUUCCUCGGUCCUUCUGGUGGUUUUAAGGAAGUUAAGGGUAUCAGGGAGACUAUCUACUCAGCUCUUUAAUCUUUCCUUGCUUACUUUGCCUUCAAGCCAUUUCUGGGAUCGACCGGAUUCCAUUUUGUCUGCAGAUUCUUACAGGCAAGAUUUUGCUAGCCCACAAGGGAAUAACAUUUGUCCUUAUGGAUUGGAUCAAGAUCCUAGAAGGUUCUGGCCAUAAAAUCUCAGAAGUACAAUAUCACGGGACAGAUGGGGAUGGCAUAAUUUGGGGAGAGCCUUCAAUUUCAGAGCAGCAUGGUAGGAUGAAAUUCACACUUCAGGGUGCACCCACAGAUUUUGAUGAUCAAGAUAUCGCAGUUGCUAUUGUUCGUUCCAUUGAAGAUUAUGAAGCAGAGGAAGAUAAAAAACUGAAAAAGUUGGUUGAUAAUGAAUCUCAAUUAGAGGAAGAUGAACAACUUGCCAAAGCUCUUCAAGAGAGUUUGAAUAUGAAGUCUCCUCCUCGACGGGAUGCUCGAAAUAUACUUCAACCUUUGACAUUCUCCUCACUUGGUUUUAGGAUCUGUGCUCGGUGCAACCUUGAGAUUGGUCAUGAAAGACAUUUGAGGCGCAUGGGUGCUGUUUGGCAUCCAGAAUGUUUUCGUUGUCAUGCUUGUGGUCUUCGCAUUUUUGAUCUUGAGUUUUCUGUGUCUGGAAAUCGCCCUUAUCAUGAAUCAUGCUACAAGGAUCAAAAUCGUCCAAGAUGUAACGUUUGCAAGAACUUUAUUCCAUCAAAUGCAGCUGGAGAAACAGAGUAUAGGGCACAUCCUUUCUGGAUGCAAGAGUACUGUCCCUCACAUGAGCAUGAUGGAACUCCUCGGUGUUGUAGUUGUGAAAGAACAGAGGUAAGGGACAUUACGUAUCUAUCACUUGAUGAUGGUAGGAAACUAUGUCUGGAGUGCCUGGACUCUGCUAUCAUGGAUACACUAGAGUGCCAGCCUCUUUACCUUGAAAUACAAGAAUUUUAUGAGGGUUUGAAUAUGAAAGUGGAGCAGCAAAUCCCUCUUCUGUUGGUUGAGAGACAAGCACUAAAUGAGGCCAUGGCGGGAGAAAAGAGUGGACAUCACCUCUUGCCCGAGACUAGAGGACUCUGCCUCUCCGAAGAACGGACUGUUAGCACUAUCUCGAGGAGGCCUAUUAGUACAGGCAAUCGGAUUAUCAACAUGAUGACAGAACCUUGUAGGCUAGUCCGUCGAUGUGAAGUGACAGCAAUUCUUAUUUUGUAUGGGCUCCCGAGAUUGCUGACCGGGACGAUCCUGGCUCACGAGAUGAUGCAUGCAUGGCUCAAACUGAAAGGCUAUCGAAAUCUGAGUCCGGAUGUUGAAGAAGGCAUCUGCCAGGUGUUGGCUUAUAUGUGGUUGGAAUCAGAGAUACAUUCAAGCUCUGGUAACAAUGUUUCUUCAGCUUCAACGCCAUCAUCAUCAUCCACAUCAGAGAAGGGUGCACGGUCUCAGUUUGAAAAGAAACUCGGUGAGUUUUUUAAAGACCAGAUAGAGACAGAUAGUUCACCAGCUUAUGGGGACGGAUUUAGGGCUGGUAACCAAGCAGUGCUGCAGUACGGCCUCAAGAGUACCCUCGACCAUAUUCGGCUGACAGGAAGCUUUCCUUACUGAAAGUCGAUCAAUAACUCCCGCCCCAUUAUCUUCUAGUUUUACAGGACCUAGACCCACAUGAAUUAUAAACAUCACAUGAAGAAAUAAGCAGCUAAAUGUUGCUUCUCAUGACCAAUUGCUGAAUUUUCCGUACUGUGGGCACCACUAUUUUACUAUUUUGCCUAAUAAUUAUUAACAUGUAGUAAAAAAAAUUGGAAUAUAUGAUCAUAUGUGUUUUCCCUUUUUUGUUUGUGACAUGUCCUGUGUUCAAUUGUAAGAAGCUGAGGUGCUUGUAGCCUAGGAUUGCAUGCCAACUGGCUUUCUAAAUCUCUUUUCAAGAAACAGAGCUAGCUUUUUGUUGUUCUUCUUCUUUUUUCAAUUAAAAUCAACGGUAUUGGAAGCAUAA